AUGCGCAGCCUCCCGCUCGACCUGCCGCUCUCCCUUGACAGACUCAACGCGGAGCUCAAGAAGAUUGGCGAUGCGGCGCAGCACGCCGUCGAGAGCCAGAUCAACGAAUUCAAGGCCGAGGCGGAGAAGGCCGAGGCGGAUGUCGGGUUGUGGAAGCAAGAGGGCGCGUUGGCGGCCGCCGCUUCCUCCUCCUCCGCGGCGGCACCCGCGAGCGGCGCCUCGGCACUCGAGGCGGACGUGGAGGCGGCGAUCGCAGCGUCCCGCUGCAGAUCACCGCCUCGGCCGGCGGCUGGCGACGACGGCGAAGACUCUGCCGCGGGCCGUCGCGGCGGCGAGGAGGGCGGCCAACGCGCGCGUUGA